AUGUCGAUGAACGUCAAUAAGGCCGUGUCCAUGGCUGUGUUUGCAGCCGCCGGAGUUUACAUGGGGAUGAAGUUCUUUGAGCCAAUAGUCAUUGAGCAGCUUCGCAAGGACGGAAACCUGCGCACUGAUAUAGAGGUUCCGCAGUACGACGAAGAGGGAAACAAGCUUCUGGAUCGCGGCAAACAGGUGACCUGGGAAGCGAUCCGCAAGGAGAAGCAGGCAGAAGAGCAACUUGCAGAAAGUUCUGUUUCCAAGCCGGUGAAUUAA